AUGGGCCAGAACGUGAGCGCCGACGCGACGGAGGUCGUGCAGUUUAGGAAAAUGGUCAAGUACACGUAUUACAACAACCUGGACAAGCUCGACAAGGCGACAUUUGACCCUGCCGUUGGCUUUCAAAUCUCGCGGGCAAGUUAUCUCGAGCUGUGCAGUCGCAUCGAAGGACGAAUCGAUCGGAUCCCAGAUUCGAGGGUCAAGGCCGCCAAGUUGGACAAGCAUGUGAACGAAAAGAUGGACUUCUUCGCCGCGGUCGAGCAAGGCAAGGUUGUGCUCGGCGACACACUGCUCCAUGUCGCCGUGCGACUCGGGCAUGUCGAGAUCAUUGGGUACUGGCUGGACAAAGGGCUCAAGGAGAACGUCCCAAACUUCCGAGGCGAGUUUGCCCAUCAAGUGUGCACCCACCCGUCGAUUCAGUUGCUCAUGGACGACGUCGUGCUCGUGCAUGACGUGCUGGGGUAUGACUACGACGAUGAAGCCAAGGUCCACCGCCUCGUUCGCAGCUUGAGGCGGAUGUGGCCGCUGUGGAUGUUUGACGCGACCGAAACCGCGCUGCUCGUCAAGGUCCUUGGGGACGUGCGAAGCUCGCAUCCGUUCCUGAACAAGUACCUCAAGAUCGCCAACACGCUGGCUGCGCGAUAUCGCAACCGGGUGUCGCAUCUCUGCCUUCCCGUCGCCAUCGACCUCCUUCGCGAGAACGACCACAAGGCGUACGAUGCCAAGGGCGCGAUGUUGGCAUGGCCGACCGAUGAAAAGCUCCAGCUCAUGUGGGAUGUCCUUCGAGCGACCUUUCCUCAGUGGAAGCGCCAAAAAGAUGUGGAAAAGGACGUCGCGUAUCUGCACUUUGUUGAAGAUGCCAUGGCUGCGUGGAUUGCGAUGGCGGAUGACCUGCGCUUGUACCACGAUGACGCGCCACCCAUCACGGCCGACGUGCUGCAGAACUUUGACCGUCAGAUUUGGAAAUCACGGCUUGGCCCUGACCCCGACGACGUCGAUAACUUGUGCGCUCACAUCGACGGCGUCCAGCAGUUUGUCCGCGCCAAGGACUUCCACGCAUGA